ACAGUAUGUAAAAAAAAAAAAAUAAUAAUAUGCGGACAUGGUACAGGAGAUGACCAGAGACUGCGGACACGGUACAGGGAUGACCAGAGACUGCAGACACAGUACAGGGAUGACCAGAGACUGCAGACAUAGUAUAGGGGAUGACCAGAGACUGCAGACACAGUACAGGGAUGACCAGAGACUGCAGACACAGUACAGGGAUGACCAGAGACUGCGGACACAGUACAGGGAUGACCAGAGACUGCGGACACAGUACAGGGAUGACCAGAGACUGCGGACACAGUACAGGAGAUGACCAGAAACUGCGG